AACGUACAGUGGAUGUACAUAUCCAGUCACGGACUUUUGUACCAAGGACUUUGCUGUGUGUAAUAAUUUAUCACGGAUUUUCAAUGUCAACGAACAGACUCAUCUAAUUAAUUAACACUCAUCCUGAUUGUCGUACGUGAAAAGAUGAAAUUUUAUGUGAUAUUUUUGAUUACGAUUCUCAAACUUUUGAUUCCGUCCAAAUCGCUUCACUUCAAGCCAAACAUAGUAAUUUUCCUGGCGGAUGAUCUGGGUUAUGGAGAUGUCGGCGUGUUUGGGAACAGCACAGUGCGGACGCCCAACAUAGACGCACUCGCUCACGAUGGGAUCAAACUGACACAUCACCUGGCAGCGGCUAGUGUAUGUACUCCCAGCAGGUCCGCUCUACUAACAGGGCGUCUCCCAAUCAGAACAGGAAUGUUUCCGGAUGGUCGAAUAGUGGUAAACGUGUUUGCCGCCAACGGUGUUGGCCUUCCUACGUCCGAGGUCACGUUGGCAGAAGUUGCCAAGACGGUGGACUACAAAACAGCCCUCGUAGGCAAAUGGCAUUUAGGAUUGAACAAAGACUACAGAGGAGAUAUGGCAUUUCAUCCUCGAAAUCGAGGUUUUGAUUUCUAUUAUGGCCACAUUCUUACAAACAUGAAAGACUGGAGCAACGAAGGAGACCGAGUGCUGCUUUCUCAGAGGCCAAAUAUAUACAAAGAAAUGGCCGCUGUGCUUUUUGUCGGAUUGUUAUCGUUGAUAUUCUUGGUGAAGGUUGGUCUAAUUGGACGAGGGUUAUGUGUCUUUCUAUUAUUCUUGAUGAUUUCACCAAUGAUUUAUAUAGUGUUUGUUUUCAACAAUAUGACAAGGUUAAAUGGACUUCUGUAUCGAGAUUUUGAGCUUGUUGAACAACCAAUUCACUUAGAAACCCUCUCCUACCGGUACACCCAGGAAUCAAUUAAGUUCCUGAAGGAGAGAGAACGCGACAACAACCCAUUUUUGUUGGUUGUUUCUUGGGAUCAUGUGCAUACUGCUUUAAAGACAUUAAAAAAAUUUCGUGGGAAAUCGCAGCACGGUCGAUAUGGCGACGCCAUCGAAGAAAUAGACUCUGGAAUAGGUGACAUUAUGAAUGCUCUUGACAAGUUUGGUUUUGGCAGAAACACGAUGAUAUACUUCACUUCUGACAACGGGGCCCAUUUAGAGGAAACGGGGAUGAAUGGCCAAAGCGAUGGGGGCUCCAAUUCGCCUUUCCGGGGUGGAAAAGCCCAUCCUGCUGUUGAUGGGGGCAUACGUGUGCCAACUGUUAUCCGGUUUCCUGGGGUGUUACCUCGGGGUAAAGUUAUAGAAGAACCAACACAGCAGAUGGAUAUGUUCAACACCAUUGUCGGUCUAAUCGGUGGCAAAAUUCCAAAGGAUAGAAUCCUCGACGGGAAAGACAUUCUACCGUUGUUACAAUUCAAAGAAAGCAAAACACCCAACCCUUUUAUGUUCCAUUAUUGUGGUCCACAUCUACAGGCAGUAAGAUACAGACCCGAUAAAGGGAAGAGCGUUUGGAAACUAGUUUCUGAACUACCAAAUUACAAACCAGGUGAAGACAAGUGUUACGGUCUGGCGUGUAGCUGUUCAAACACCAUAAAACAAGACCCCCCAUUAUUGUACGACAUGACGUCAGAUCCAGGGGAGAGAAAUCCAAUUAAUUAUACAUCAAAUCCAACGCUACAAAAAAUUGUAGAGAAAAUAACAGAUGCAAUAUCCGAGCAUAAAAAAUCUGUGGGCACACCAGAGAGUAGAAUGACAUUUUUCAAAUUAUUAUGGAGACCUUGGUUUCAACCAUGCUGUAAUUUCCCAUCAUGCUCUUGCUCAGAUCCUUUAUACAAAGACUUUGUAGAUCAAUAGCUAAAUUAUUUUUAUAAUUUUUAUUUUAAAAUUAGAACCUAGGUGAUAAAAUGCAUAGUAAAAAGAAAAAGC